AUCGCGCUCUCCGCUCCGCACGCAGAAUGGCUAGAUUCACCCAGACUGAAGCGAGAAGGCAACAGCAGCAGCAUCCUCAGCCUGCCCACGCCAGCCUGCUCUUCACUACUGGACCGGGGGCGGUAACGAACCAAGCAGCGGCACCAUUGCUCCUGAUCCCGCACCAGCCCCAGUACGCGCACAUCACCUUCCCCAAGCCCAUGAACGGCACGGAGCCCAUCCACUCCAUCCACUCCGACAACGGCACCAUGAAAGACCAGGAUGCCAUCAAGCUCUUCAUAGGACAGAUUCCGCGCAACCUGGAGGAGAAGGACCUCAAACCUCUUUUCGAACAGUUUGGAAAGAUCCACGAAUUGACUGUCCUUAAGGACCGCUAUACCGGCAUGCACAAAGGUUGUGCUUUCCUCACCUACUGUGCUCGUGAAUCAGCCAUCAAAGCCCAGAAUGCAUUGCAUGAACAGAAGACUCUACCAGGGAUGACACGGCCUAUUCAGGUGAAGCCUGCUGAUAGUGAGAGUCGAGGAGAGGACAGGAAGUUGUUCGUAGGGAUGCUGAAUAAACAACAGACAGAAGAGGAUGUGUACCGCCUUUUUGAGCCAUAUGGAGUUAUUGAAGAGUGCACAGUAUUAAGAGGCCCUGAUGGAAACAGUAAAGGUUGUGCCUUUGUGAAAUUUUCAACACACAUUGAAGCUCAGUCAGCUAUCAGCGGGCUACAUGGAAGCCAGACCAUGCCUGGUGCUUCGUCCAGUUUGGUGGUAAAGUUCGCAGACACCGAUAAAGAGAGAACCAUACGGCGCAUGCAACAGAUGGUCGGCCAGUUUGGCAUCUUCAACCCCACUGUGGCCCUGCCUUUCAGCACCUACAGCAGUACCUACAGUACUUACACAAAUGCGCUGAUGCAGCAGCAGGCAGCGAUUAUGGCUGCAUCUCAAGGAGGUUAUUUGGCACCCAGUGUGGCGUUUCCCGCGACACAGAUUCACCAGGUGGGGGCGCUCAACAUGAAUGGUUUGCCACCCACCUCCAUGACGCCUGUUUCAGGUUUGAGCUCUCCACCAGCAAAUCUGGCCUCAUCUGUCAUGCCAAGCAUAGUCAACGGAUUCAGCGGAAUUCCUCACCAACACAAUGGUCACCCGGUAGAGGCGGUUUACACCAACGGCCUGCCAACAUACUCCACCCAGAGCCCCACCGCAGCAGACACACUACAGCAGGCCUUCACCGGCGUCCAGCAGUAUACAGCCAUAUAUCCUGCCACAACACUGACCCCUAUUGGUCAAACACUGCCACAACCAGCUCAAAUCAUCCAGCAACAGCAACAGAGGGAAGGUCCCGAGGGCUGUAAUCUCUUCAUCUAUCACCUACCACAAGAGUUUGGUGAUAACGAGCUGAUGCAGAUGUUUCUUCCGUUCGGUUCCGUCAUCUCAUCAAAGGUGUUCAUGGACCGAGCUACCAAUCAGAGCAAGUGUUUCGGUCAGUGUUUUUGAACAAAUCCCUCACCUUAAAGCUGCACUACGAAAGAUGUUUUGGUUAAAAAUGAUCAAAUUGCCAUUAUUUAUUGAGUACAUAAACAAUCAGUGUCCAAAACAUGUCCUUACCCCGAUUCACUACGGUAAGCCUAUAAAAAUGAUUUGUAUUUUGAGCUGUCGGGUUCAAUUUGUCUCAAUCACUGGCUUAUGUCGUUUAUCCUUGCAUCAUUACGUCAUAUCCGUAAACACAGAAAAGAAGCACCAGCUGUCACGUGUUCCGGCUGAGGACGUUGUUCAGUUUAGUAACACUCACACAGUUCAGGACAGCAUCGCUGCAGUCCAGAUGGAUGUUUAUCUGUUGUCCGUUUGGCGAAGUUGUUUACCUGCUAUAAUGCUUGGAUAUGUCUUCUGAUAGGGUUGUUGAAGCUUAUAUUGGUUAUCAUGCUCGUAUGAAUCGAACAUUACUCGUGUGUUAACCGAUCGUGAUGUAUCUACAUUGUCCGGUGAAGUUACUGUAACAUGUUUAAUAUGUAUGACUUCUGAAAUUGACUUCUUGUAAUUGUAAUAUUGCACACUUAAGCAUAAUAUUUUUUAUGUUUAAUAAAGUAUAUUUUAU